UCCACGUUUGCAAGUUUGCGGCGGUGGGAGGAGGAGGAGGAGCGGGCGGGCCGGGGCGGGCGGCUUUUUACCCUUCCCUCUUUUCCUUCCCUCCAUUCCCUCCCUUCCCUCCAUCCUCCCUUCCUCCCCUCCCCGCCGAGAGCGCCCUGCGGCUGCCCCGCUCGCUGCGCUCCAUGGCGGGGCCGGCGGCCGUGCGGCGGCGGGGCCCGGGCUGCGGGUCGCUGCUGCUGCUGCUGCCGGCGCUGCUGGAGAGCUGGGCGGCCUGCCAGGCGCCGCCGGUGCCCGCCGCCGAAAUCCCUCCGGACAGCACCGAGCUCGGCGUCGAGCGGCGCUUCGUGCCCGAGAGCUGCCCGCGGGCCGUGCGCCCCGGAGACUUCGUGCGCUACCACUACCUCGGCUCCUUCCCCGACGGCACCCGCUUCGACUCCAGCUAUGACAGGGGAUCCACAUUCAACGUGUUUGUGGGCAAAGGUCAGCUUAUUGCUGGGAUGGACCAAGCUCUGGUGGGCAUGUGUGUGAACGAGCGCCGGUUUGUGAAAAUUCCCCCUAAGCUUGCCUACGGAAGUGAAGGCGUCUCUGGUGUGAUACCCCCCAAUGCUGUGCUCCAUUUCGACGUGCUCCUGAUAGAUCUGUGGAACUCGGAGGACGAAGUGCAGGUUCAGACUUACUUCAAACCUGAGAAGUGUCCUCGGACAGUCCAGGUGUCUGACUUUGUACGGUACCAUUACAAUGGAACAUUCUUAGAUGGAACCCUGUUUGAUUCAAGCCAUAAUCGGAUGCGAACUUAUGAUACCUAUGUGGGGAUUGGAUGGCUGAUUCCUGGUAUGGACCAGGGUCUCCUGGGAAUGUGCGUGGGGGAGAAGCGCAUUAUCACAAUACCCCCUUUCCUGGCGUACGGAGAAGAUGGAGAUGGUAAGGAGAUCCCUGGCCAAGCUUCCCUUGUCUUUGAUGUGGUUUUGCUGGAUCUGCAUAACCCCAAGGAUGGUAUUGCUAUUGAGAACCAGCUCGUGCCUGAAUCUUGUGAGCGGAGAAGCCAGACAGGAGACUUUCUCCGGUACCAUUACAAUGGCACACUUUUGGAUGGCACAUUAUUUGAUUCCAGUUACUCCCGAAACCGUACAUAUGACACCUACGUUGGGAAAGGUUAUGUGAUUGCUGGAAUGGAUGAAGGUUUGCUAGGUGUAUGCACUGGUGAAAAAAGAAGAAUAAUAAUCCCCCCUCAUCUUGGAUAUGGAGAAGAAGGGAGAGGAAACAUUCCAGGAUCUGCUGUGCUGGUCUUUGACAUCCACGUGGUGGACUUCCACAACCCCUCGGAUUCGGUCAGCAUUACUGUCCACUACAAACCUUCCAACUGCACUGUACUGAGCAAGAAGGGGGAUUACCUGAAAUACCACUACAAUGCUUCGCUCCUGGAUGGAACCUUGCUGGACUCCACACACAGCCUUGGCAAGACCUACAACAUAGUUCUGGGAUCUGGUCAGGUGGUGUUGGGGAUGGACAUGGGCCUUCAGGACAUGUGUGUUGGGGAACGACGGACAGUCGUUAUCCCACCUCACCUCGGUUAUGGAGAAGAUGGAGUUGAAGGAGAAGUGCCUGGUAGUGCUGUAUUAGUUUUCGACAUCGAACUGCUGGAAUUGGUGUCCGGCUUGCCUGAAGGAUACAUGUUUGUCUGGAAUGGGGAAGUCUCUCCCAACCUUUUUGAAGAAAUAGACCAAAAUCAUGAUGGAGAGGUUCUUUUGGAGGAGUUUUCAGAGUACAUCCAAACUCAAGUUGAUACUGGCAAAGGAAAAUUAGCUCCUGGCUUUGAUUUUGAGAAGAUAGUUAAAAAUAUGUUCACCAAUCAAGACCGGGAUGGAAAUGGUAAAGUUACUGCUGAAGAAUUCAAGUUGAAAGAUCAGGAGGCCAAAGAGGAGCACGAUGAACUGUAAAGAUAAGAAAAAAACCCCAAGAAUCCUGAGCUGACCUACUGUUCAAACACGUGUACCAGAAGGAGUUUUGGCAAGCAUGGUUCUGGAAGGAUAGCCCUCGGAUAGCCUGUGUCUGCCUCUACCUGGGUGUGGGUAGGCUGUUAAAAUAGGAAGAGAUUUUCAGUUGGAAUUGUUAGGUAUAUCUGCAAAAAGUGUUAAGUGCCUCAAGGUGGGAUGUAUAGACAGGUAAGGAGUGUCCUGCUGUAUGUGGUGCCGUGAACCACAUGUGUGUGUGGGGUCUGCUUUUAUGCUAAAGAUCCAAAGUUCUCAUUGAACAAUUCACGGUCAGUGGGGUGGAUGGUAGAGAGAGAACCUACCAAGUUCUUUUAAAAGAGUUUUAAAAAAACCUUCUGUAUCAGAAAUAUUUGUAUAGGAAAAUGAACCAAAAUAUUCCCCGUAACAAUAACCUGUAGAAGUUGUCAGCUGUUGAUCCCAGUUCCUUUCAGAAGGCAUGAGCACUCUUCCCAGUAACUGAACAAACUCACAUUUGCCAGCAGAAAUUCUGAUUUGCAAAUUGCAGAAACGUGGCUGUGCCAUUGCAAAAUUUACAUAAGCUGUGACUUAAAUUAAACAGACCUAGAAUUGAUACUGUGUAUGUUGGGUUUUUACCUCACAGAAUAAAAGCUUCCUACCAUCUGUACUGUGCUGAAUUAGUAACCUCGACUCUUGCUGGCCAGUGUUUCCAUCAGUCAUUCCAAAACCUUUCUAGUUGCAACCUUAUUUAUAGUUUUGUUAGACAGUAAAUACUAACAUACAGGGUCCAAAUGCUGUCAUAAAUACUGGACACAGUUGAUGUUGUGCUGGGCUUCUGUCUCCUAUUUUGGGAAUUGAUAGAUUAAGGAGUAAGUACUUAGAGUUUAAGCAGCAGAGCAGUCUGCAGUGGCAAACAAACAGACAGACAGUGAUAGAAUCAAGAAACAGACCCAUCUGUUUGUGUGUGCUAACGUUCUGGCCCAGCCCUCAACACAAAGUCAGCCCUGGGAGUGCUGCUCAGAUUCUGUGACUUGAGGCAGUCACCCGUUAGCUCGACAAAUGCAGCAGAGCUGCUCCGUACUCCAUACACGGAACAGACCCAUUUUCUGGAAGGCCCUGGGAUCCCCCUCAGUACACAGCAUGCAGAGAGCACAAACACAUAGAGUGAGACACUGUCAAAGAGGAGUGGGCAGGGAGUUGUGUUUCCAUUAUAAGCUUUGUGUCUAGUUUCUUGCUUUCCUUGAUCUGUACAUGUGGGAUGUAAGCUCCCUGAGAUGCUCUUUCUAAAAAAUUGGUAUUUCAGUUGGAUGAGAACAUUUUGUAUUGGUUUUUAAUGCAAUUCCUACAAAAAGUGCAGUGAAAUAUUUUUUGAGUUUGAUACCAUUAAAUGUUGGAUAACUGAUCUUUUUGUUAAAUAAAAUAAAAUGUUGAUCAAUUAUUACUUUUAAA